UGAUCUUUUGAUCUAUCAACUACGUUGCGUCGCAGUCGGAAUGUUUUUAGAUUCAAAGACAAGUGCCGGGCUUAAACAAAAGAAACCGUUUUUGAUUUUGUUAAAUAAAUGUGCAAUUAAACCCAGCUUCUCUAUUUAUCAAAAACAAGCGCACCCGAUUUGUAAAAAUGUUACAACAAAAUAAUUAGUAUAACGCCAGGUGGAAAAAACUUUUUCGUUAAUCAUAAACCAUUUGAGAAGAAAUGUCUGUUCCCAAGUGGCAAAUGCAUCUCAGAGAGAUGGAAGAAGAUUUAGACUCGCGUAACAGUGCCUAUCUACCCAAAAUGGAACUGCCCCAGAACAAUUAUAUACAACAAAGCAAGAACGCUGUGAUGUACAGGUCGAGCGAGCGUAAAAAUACUCGUUUUAUAGGAAACCGACGGGCACUAAGAAAUCUUUCUCAAGCCGAGCAUAGCCAUAAAACCGGUCGAAGUCUCUGCCCGAAUACCGCUAAGACUGAACCAAAAGUUCAAUCUUUGCGACUGGUCUUGACAAAAAGUGAAGAAAAUGAGUAUAUACCAAUGCAUAAGGAGCAGGACGCUCUUUCAAAAUCCUCUUGCGUUUGCCACAAUCUAACCAUUGCCAACACAGAGGCUGGUGCUAAUCUAAAUGGUGGUAAUCAGGCGUAUAGCUUGAAUGGCCAAUGUGACUAUUCGGAUUUUCUGACUGCGGCUGGUGGAAUUCAAUCGCGAGCAGACCGCAUCGCACGCAUUGAGAGCAGCACCCAUUUAAAACCAGAGGCCCAAAUUCUUAUGCCCGUAACGGAGCUUAACGAAACCCGCUUCGAUCAACAUGCACCAGACUGGAUUUUUAAGAACGCAAGAAUUGGGGACAUCAGUAAAUUAAAAGCUUUUAACUUCGAGUGGCCUCCCGAAGAAUAUAAGGGCUAUAUUCUCCAACAGACUACAAAGUUAGAUCGUGCGUAUAUAAAAAAUCGGCUACCAGUGAUAACCACUGAGAGCAAGAUGUCCAUGAAAGAAGCAGAACUUUUUCAGGCCAAUUAUAGCGAUACAAAGUACGACUACAAUACUUGUUUAAAUACCCAAGGCUUACAUCAGAAUAAAGCAGUACACAAUAAAGAUUCUUGUAACCAGCAAUGCAAACCUUUCUACAACGUGGACUCUGAUUAUUACGAUAAUAUUCAAAAACUGAAAUUGAUUAAGGAAAAUGAAAGACAAAUAAGGGACAAUGGGGACCCUAACGAUUUGCAGAACUUUUUAAAGAAGAAUUUAAUUAAAGCUACAACCAAUGAAUUGCUUAAAGCUGCCGCACAAAAGACAAAAAAGUGUAACAUUGACUUAGAGCGCAAAUUAAUUGAUCUGAAUAUGAGAGAAGAGGAUCACAAAUCCAAUGACAGCGCAAACUCUUACAAUAACGAUCCUUAUCUAGUAUCCAUGACCAAGAUAAAUUCUUUUAAAUUUAUUAGAUCAUAUAAUAAGGAUUGUAAAACUAUAUUUCCUACUGGUGAACGCAGCGACCUAAAAGAAUUUAGGAAGAUAAGGCCACAAUCAAGUGACUUAUUAUCAAGCGCUUCUGUUUCAUUGUCUAGUUGCUUAAACCAAGUAUCUGUGUGCGAUUCCGAAGAAGAUUGCUGCGAAUGUAAUGAAUACCAAUGUAUCGGAACUCCGUUUAACGACCUUUCCAAGGAUUGCCUAAAUGCAGUGGAAGGUGUUUUUUGGAACACAGCGUAUGACGAUUUUCAAGAAAACAUAUCAUCAAGCUGUUGCUGCAGCGCGUCUUUUUGUAAUGGUGAUGGUUGCUCAUACUUUGAUGAAAGCUUAAGCGUUGACAUAAAAUCUGAAAACGUACAAAGCCUACACGAGAGCGACGUAGAUGAAAAACUUUCACGGAAAACAAUUAUUUUGGUAAAGGGUAUCCAUGAUUUAACACAAGGAAGCAGCGGUGGCCCCACAUAUUUGAACGACUCUUUAAACCAUCUUCCAAAAAAUCCACAGGAAACAGAACUGCAACGACACAGACGUGGUCAUGUUUUAAAGGAACUUUUUGAAACGGAGAAAAUCUACGUUAAUGAAAUAGAGACCAUCUUAAAGGGCUACUAUGAUCGCUUAAACUCUGACGAAAGAGCUCCUGCCAGUCUGCAAGGCAAAGCAAAUGUGCUUUUUGGGAACCUUCAUGAGCUCUACUCAUUUCAUAAUGAUGUAUUUCUUAAGGAUCUUGAAAACUGUAUAUCAGUCACUGAACGCGUCGCACUAUGCUUUGUUGAAAGGCGCGACACAUUUUAUCAAUUAUACUCAUUUUAUUGUCAAAAUAUCCAACGCUCAGAGAAAUUGCGUGAAACCUUAGUGGAUACUCAUAUGUUUUUUCAAGAAUGUCAAAUAAGACUUGGACAUAAACUUCCUCUGGCUGCAUAUUUGCUUAAGCCAGUUCAAAGAAUAACAAAAUACCAGCUUCUCUUGAAGGACUUGCUGCUCUUCAGUGACAAUGAUAGCUGCAGAUAUGAACUUAAAAAUGCAUUGGACUGUAUGUUAAUUGUUUUGAAGUGCGUAAACGAUUCGAUGCACCAAAUUUCAAUAACAGGGUUUCCGAGUGAUUUAGCACAGCAGGGUGAGCUUUUGAUGCAAGACUCAUUCCAGGUAUGGAUACAGUCUAAAAAGGACAUUCGUCUUCGAAUAAAGCCAAAACGGCGACAUAUCUUUUUAUAUCAAAAGUCUUUGCUGCUUUGUAAGCAAACUUCAAAACCGGAAUAUAACAAAAGCAGCUAUCAAUUUAAAGGCGAUGUUAAGAUGUCUCAAGUUGGCUUAACUGAGUCCGUAAACAGCGAUGCAAAACGAUUUGAAGUUUGGCUUAAAGGACGCCAGGAAGUUUACACGUUGCAAGCACCGACAAUCGGUGUAAAGCAGAUGUGGGUUGCCGAAAUUAAAAGGGUGUUAUUUAACCAACUCGAGAAGCUCAAAGGCGAUCAAAUAGCGAAGUACAACCUAAGACAUCAAAGUCUAUGGCAGAAAACUUAUAUCGAAGCCCCCAACUUUACCCGCUGUCCAUCUAAGCGCAAGAAAAGCUUACAACGCCCUUUUAAUUAUUCCAAUCGAAACUCGAAUAGCAUAAGAGAGAAAACGUGCUUUUCAGAUAAAAAUAUUGUUAAUGGACUAUCGGUUAAGGAGCAACAUGGAAAUAGCAGUUGGAGCUCAGAUUGUUCAGACUUUGAUGAAGGUGAAACAAGUAUCGCGGUACGGAUGCAGAAGACUGGACCACAGAAACUUUUAUGGAACCGAUCAAGUGUUCAUCAUGGAUUUAUUAAAAACGAAUACAUUUUAAAUAGAAAUACAGUAAAAAAUUAAAACCAUAAAGUUUCAAUUUGUGUUUGU